CAUGUGUCACUGAAUAUCGUUAAAAACCGCAAAUUUAGUGGAUUUAACGCUACAAUUCCCAUAUAAAUUUGAUGAUAACCGAGAAUGGAGCGUUUUCAGAUUUUCGAAAGGUUCUGGUUAAAUAAUCUAGAUCCAGAAUGGAUAGAAUCAAUCUGGGACGGAGAAUUUAUAACCUUCACAGACCCUCCAGACGAGUAUCUUUCCUGUCUCAAAUUCGAGAAUUUGGAAAACCUACUGAAGGAAACUUGUUCUGUUAUAAAAAACUGGAUUUCAGAAAAUAGUUGUGAAGUCGAGGUCAGAUGGCAAUCCUUAAAUUCGGUCGGAAUCAACCUUCGAGGAUUGCUGGCAUUUUUAGGUUAUGUUAUUAAAGAGGGUCAAAAAACUAGCGCCGAUGAAGAUUCUCGUCAAUGUUGUCUCAGAGCUUCCAGUUUAUAUUUUAUGCUUCUGGCUGUUCCAGGAAGUAGUGUUUAUCAAGUAUUUCAUCCCAAUUUGUACCAAAGAACAAUCGAGACUUUUAAACUCUCACAUCUUUUGACGCCUCUGUCAAAGAAAGCCGCGAGAUCCAUCGAUUUCGAGGAUUUAUACAUAAACGAUGACGAAAGUUUCGAAAGCCUAGCUCAUUCCGAACAGGUCACAUUGAUAAAAGCUCUCAAUUGUAUUAUGUUCGACCUUAUUACAAUGCUGAAAACAUUUUUUAUGCGCGACAAACCAAGAUCUUUGGACAUCACCGUUCAAUCUUUGAUUGAAAGUUCAAAACUCGAGACGAGUUUCAAUCAUUUUCAAACGCACAACAAAGCGAAAGAAGCUUCCCUCACGUCUUUGUCGUACAAUGCUUACGUUGCACUUCAAGAAUUGUGCAAUCCGAAUCACGGUUCGGUGGAUCUGACGAUAAAAUUAAUUGCAAAAUAUGUCCUUCCACAUCUCUCGUCGACCUACACGGAACUGCCGCAAAAAUCGCUGAUUGUCGUUCAGGAGACGACGAUUCAUUUUUUGAAGAAUUUGUCAAACGCCCAUGAAUCCGAGGCCGAAUCUGGAAUUUUGACGCUUGUUCAGCACCUGAUGGCCAAUUGUCCGGACAGAUUGGAAUUUCGACAAAAACAGGCUUCGGCUGUCACCAAAUUGAUUAAUAUUUGCAGAGGCGAACUUUUUCUCAAGACGAUUGAAAAUUUGGUUCUGUUCUCGUUUCAUAAUAAGGUGACUUGUCGAAUUUUCGCUCAGGAGAUUAUAUCGAAGUGUUUGAGUGAGAUGAUUCAGAAUUCGGAUUUUGAUGAGCGGAUGAAGGUUAAGAAGAUUCUUGUGGCUGUGACUUUGGGACGGUGUGUGGAUUCUUCGAGUUUGGUGCGAGGUCGAGCAAUGGCGAUAAUCGCGAGCUGCACCGAGACGGAAAACCCAAACCGCCUAAUAGUCCAGGAAAUUUUCGAGUCCGCAAGAAAUCCAUCCUUUCCACCAACCCUCGACCAAUUACGACAAUCAAUUUUCGAAGACAUCGAUCCUCUUCCCAACUCCUUUCUGAUGCACUCAAUGUUCCUCGACCGACUUGAAGACGAGCGAGCAGCAGUUCGUCGCAGUGCCUUACAAUUCUUUCGAAAUAUCGUCAAUCUCUUCCCGGAAAUUGUGGACGACGUGGCUCCCGAAAUUGGUCUACGCUGCCGAGAUCCAGCCCUAACUGUUCGCAGUUUCGCAAUUCAAGUUCUCACCCAACUUCUCCAGGAGAAUCCCGAAAACUCGAAUCUCAUCGACUCCUGGAUCCGGUCAGUAGUGCCCCAAGUCUUCGAUAUCGAGCCGAAAGUUCAGGAGAAGGCUCUCGAGUCCCUCCAGAGUUUGAUACUGAAUGAAAUCAAAUUUUGCCCGACUUUAAAGCAGAGAGGAGGAGGAGGAGGAGGAGGAGGAGGAGGAGGAAGAGGAGGAGGAGACUCUCUACCCUGGCUAAUUCUCGAUAGAUUGACGAAGGAAAAAAUGAGGAAGCAUCUGUCUAAGGCCUGCGAGAUGUGGAAGAAGUCGGAAGUACUGACUAAGCCCUUGAUUGCCAAGAUUCAAUCUCACAUCGAGACCGAGAAUAAUAUUCCAGUCUGGAUUCUCCUGGCAGCUUUCUCCGAAACGAUGCAACUGCCUCUGAUGGACAAACACUUUUCCGAUUAUGAGGCGCUCAUUCAGGGAAAGGAUUUUUGCGCGCGGCUCAAACUCGAGGUUUUGCGGAACUCUUGGCCGUCAAUGAAUCGGGAUUUUCUCCAGCAGCUCUACGCUGAUUUGAUCAAGUGUCUGAGCAAAUUCUCCGUUAAUCUUGCCCUGAUCAGCAUCUGCUUCGACAUUCUGGCCGGAAUAGCGAAACAGUUGGAGGAGGAGACGGAGGCGAAUAUGCGAGAACUGAUGAAGUUGUGUGAGAUUCAGAUCGAGAAGAUCUUUAAUGAUAAGAAGGAGGAGGCUCUCGAGGCGGGGCCAAUUUAUGUGAAAGCAAUGUGUACGCUGGGUCAUGCGGCAUUUCUUUGCACGGCCAAAGCUUCAUCGUCGACUGUCCGGACACUCCAGGGACUCCUUCUCCAGUGGGAGAAUAUUCCUGAGCUUCUUCAGUCCAGGAAGGAAAUCCAAGCGUCGGCGAUUGUUCUUCUAGGUCAGUUGGCGAUGAGAGACCGCGAAAUCGCGGAGGAAACAAUGCCAAUCUUUGGAAAAUUGAUGUCCCAACCUGCUGAUAAUUCGACAACUGAAUCGGCGAAUAAGGUAAACUCUGCAAAAACCUUGGCUGAUCUUUGUGUCAGAUUCACGGCCCUAGUCGAGUGUUAUCUUCCGGACAUGUGUGUCAGUAUGAAGGAUCCAAAUCCCUACGUUCGGGAAGUGAUAGUCGUGAUUUUUAUCCAACUCUUACUCGAGGACUUUAUCAAAGUCAAAGGACCCUUUUUCUUUCACAUACUGACAAUGCUCACCGAUUCGGAUGAGACGAUUCGGGAAUUGACUGUCUUUUUGAUCAAGGAGCGACUCCUCGCGAAAAAUAAAACUCUAGUUUCGCAACAGUUUCUCAAGAGUAUUUUCCACUACAAUGACUGUCAGAUUAGCAAAUUUACGCUGCAGACGAUGCGAGAAAGGGAGAAAGCGGCCCUGACUCUGCCCGGGAGGGCAAAUGAAAAUAAGAGGAGGAUGAUCUAUGAUUUUCUUCUGGAACAUCUCGAUCCUCCCGGGAAAUUGAAGCUUAUUUGUAGACUGACGAGUGAGAUUCUCGCCGGGGUUUGUAAUAAUUCGAUUGAUGUCAAGUUGGAGGCGGAAGCUGCAAUUCUUCGCGAUGUUUUGUACAUUUUGUCGAGUGAUCAUUUGCAGGCUUCUCUCUGUAAACAAACGGAGAGUGAUGACCAGGAGGAGAUGGGAAAUGUUCCGAGUGCUCCGAGCAAUAAUGCAAUUAGUGUGAUUGUUGAGGGAAUCAAGAAACAUAGACUGGAAGUGUUGCUACCAAUUGUUGUGAAACUGAAGAUCAAACUUGCCGAAUUGAGAUCGCCGUUGCUGGUUGAGGUGUCCAAGUUUUUUGUCAAGAUCGUCACUGAUUAUAAUAAGGAGCAGCUCUCGGGCCUUUUUAUUGAGUAUCCGGAUUUGGAGAAGGAUAUUGAAUCGGAUACGAGAAAAUAUGGUAAAAGGGCUCAAAACGAUGAUGAGUGUGAAAUGGAAGAGGUUCCUUCACCAGAAAAUGAGAGAUCUUCCAUAAAUAUAAAAAGUGUCCUAAAUCGAACUCCUAGAAUAGUUUUGAGGCGACUUUCCACUUUGAUGUAUUCUGAAAGAGGAAAAUCCGCAAGUCCGCCAAGAAUUGGCGAAUUUUCAAGACCCGGUACUCCUAGAAUUUUGAAUUUUUCGACUCCAAGACCGAGGAUCGAAUCUCCCGAACCUGGCCCAAGCUGCAGUACGCCAAAAAAUCUUAGAUAAAUUUUUAUAAUUAGCGACCUGAUUUUGGGAGUGUCUGAUGGCAAAUUGAAGAGGCGUGAGACCUUCCUGGUUCAUCAAAAGGGGAUCAGCACCAGCUCCAACGAGUUGUCUUGCUACUGCCAUGUGCCCUAUUAAAGCGGCUGCGUGAAGAGCACUUUCGCCAUUCUAAAAUCAAGAAGAAAAUAAUAUUUUUAGCUUUCAGGAGUCUUCUCACCACGUGAUCAUGGCCCAUUUGAGCAGCAAUCCACAAUGGAGUUGCACCGUCGGUUCUGGUCGCGUCCGUUUUUGCCCCACGUUCCAAAAGUACUUCCAAAAUUCGUAGGUGACCAUUUUGAGAAGCUAUGAACAAAGCAGUGGCGCCAUCCUGGAAAUGGUGAAGAAAAGCUAUGGUAAAACUUUUCAAUGAUUCUAUGGGGAUCACAGUCUUUCCCCUAUUUCCCAUGUGUUCCCACCUUUUUCCUCUAUUCUCGAAAAGUGUCCCCUUUUCCCCCUUUUCUCUGCAAAAAUAUGCCACAUUUGAGAAUACAUUUGAAUUACGAAUCAGGACUCUUGCGACUCAAAUUUUAUUUUUAAAUCUUAACAAAUUAGACUUUUUCAGGGGCGAAUGGUAUUUUUUAAACGA